AUGGCCCGUCACCGACGGACGGGCGGUAACGGCAGCGGCAGCCAUCGGGCUGACGGGAGACGUCGCGGGUCAGACAGCAGCAGCGAGGGGUUCCGAGAUGCCAUCGGUGCUGAUAAGUGGUAUAUCGGCGGCAGGACGGCCGCCGGCGAGGAGAGGUUCUUCAAGCUCGGCGUCGUGAGGAGGGUGCGCAGCAAUGACGGUCUCAGCCUCGAUCGUCUGAGCCUGUGA